UUCUGCGACGAAUGUAAUUAUUGACAGUUCGAACAGUGGCACUAUACGUUUGUGAUAUUUUUGCUCGCUUUUUUUACGACCAAUCUGUUAAAAGGUGCUAAUAUUGUAGUUACAUUACAAUGCGUAUUCUAUAUUGACUGGAAACAAAUAGGAGGAACCUGGAAUUUGUAAGAAGGAAAGAUCAGGUGAUGCGCGUUCUUGUAAUUAUACAAUCUCCGUGAAAAAGGAAGAAGGGAAGCUACAACGAUGUUGCUGCAAUCUCGCACUUUUUUGAGCUAUGUUAGGAACAUAAAUUGGUAUCAUAUCGAUCAGUUGUGUAUAUAUCAGAUAGGACUAACUAGAAGACAUGCUAGUAUUUUAAUAAUGCCCAAGUAUGGUACACGAUACAAAAUACAUACGCUUUCGAGCUCUCAACGAGUACUUGCUAACAGAAAGGUGGAUAAGUACGAAGGCUGCACUUACGCAAAAAGAUUUUCAUCCGAUACAAAGGCCAAGAAGGACAAGCUUGAGAAGAAACUGACUGAAGAAUCUCAGCAGAGAGUGAUAGAACUAAAUGAAGAGAAAUUAGGUAAAUUAAAAGAAAGAGUAUUAGAUAUAGAAGCAAUUAGUUCUACCGACGAGAGGGAGGAUGAGAAAGGAGAAGCUACAAAGCUUGCUGAGAAACAGUCCGAGUCUAAGGAGUCUAAAGAAGCGACAAAAGACGAUAUUACAUCGAAAAAAGCGAAAAAGAAGGUCAGAGUUAAUAAGUCGACGUCGUCGUUGGAACGUAAUUUCAUUACGCCUGUGAGAGCUAUGUCAGACUUUUUAUUGAAGCCAUCCGAUUUGGAGUCUCUACCGAAAACGAAGAGACGUUCCCCGUAUGAGUUUGAACCGCCCAUCACGGUUUACUGGAGGAAGGACGUCGAGGCUAAAGCUCUGGAAGUUUGGGGGUCUCAAGAGGCCCUCUUGAAGGAACGUCUGAAGAAGGAAAUUGAGCGGAAGAUCUAUCAACAAAAUCUUUUUACGGUCAAACGAAGACUGAGGGACUACAGGCGAGAAAUCGGCAGUAAGACGGAGAUAGUUCAGAAGGAAGGCCUCUUCGGCAGAUCCGGCAAAGUAGUACUGACUGCGAUAGUAAUAAAUGCCAGUAACUUCUUUUGCAAAUUGAUUGCUUGGCUAUAUACUGGGUCGCAUAGUAUGUUCUCCGAGUGUAUACACUCCGCAGCGGACACUUGUAAUCAACUGAUUUUAGCGUAUGGGAUCCAUAAAUCGGUGCAGAAUCCUGAUCCUGAUCAUCCGUACGGUUACACGAACAUGAAAUACGUAUCGUCAUUGAUAUCAGGCGUGGGUAUCUUCUGCGUUGGCACGGGUCUUUCCGUCUAUCACGGGAUUCACGGUCUCCUCUUCCCCGCGCCAUUGGACUCUCUUUUCUGGGCGUAUUUCGUCCUAGGCGGCUCCUUGCUAUCCGAGGGAGCGACCUUAAUGAUAGCGUUGAAUUCUAUAAAGCAAGGUGCGAAAGAGAAGAAAGAGAGCUUCAAACAGUUUGUUCUGGAAGGACAGGAUCCAUCCGUGAACGUUGUACUGAUGGAAGAUUUCGCAGCUGUACUUGGAGUCGUUGUCGCAGCUGGGUGUAUGGGCUUGACCUCCUAUUUUGGGAAUUCAAUGUUUGACGCAAUCGGUUCGCUCCUCGUUGGCGGACUGCUCGGUGGAGUGGCUUCCUUCAUAAUUUAUUCCAAUAUCGCUGCGCUCGUAGGCAGGAGUAUUUCGCAAGAGGAUCUCGAUAAAAUUAAUGCCCAAUUGGAGGCGGACAUAAUGGUGCGCGCGAUUCACGAUGUGAAGGGUAUUGACAUGGGUAAUAAUUUAGUAAGGUACAAAGCCGAAGUAGACUUUGACGGGCGGGAACUUACAAGAUUUUACCUGGAUAAGCAUGAUCUCACUGCAAUAUUGGAGGAAGUGAAAAAUAUGCAAAAUAUCGAUGAGUUUGAAGCGUUUUUAUUGGGACUUGGUGAAAAUAUCGUAGACAUGAUUGGAGGAGAAAUUGAUAGAAUAGAAAUGGAGUUAAAGAAAAAUCAUCCGGAAAUACGACAUUGUGAUUUGGAGAUCUUAUGAAGAUUCACCUACGUAGCUUUUAAGUUAAAUUUGAAAAUAAAAUUGGAUGUAAAUUAUUCUUUUAAUGUGUUAAAGUAAUUACUUCGUAGGCAUUCGUAAGAUAGAAACUGUGCUUUGUUUAGUAUCGAAGAACAAUUAUUUUGUAAAUUAUGUCUUACAUAACUUGUGUGAACUAAGAUUAUUACACACUCAGUACAAUAAAACAACUGAAAUUUCUUA